ACUGUAGGAAGCACCUCUUAACAUUUUAUAUUGUUCUUUUCUUUGGAAUUGCUGUCUGGAGCUCUACAUCUCUCAAGGCUUUAUGAAGCAUCUGUUUAGCAUAAAGAUAGCACUUACUCUCCAGGAUUUUGAUAGUAUGUAUACCGAUGGCAUAGUAAAUCCAACAAUAAGAAAAGAUUUGAAAACUGUACCAAAAUUCUACUGUUGUCCAAUUGAAGGAUGUCCUAGAGGUCCUGACAGGCCAUUUUCUCAAUUUUAUCUCGUAAAACAGCACUUUAUGAAAAUGCACGCUGAAAAGAAGCAUAAAUGUAGUAAGUGCAGCAAUUCAUACGGCACUAAAUGGGACUUGAAAAGACAUGCAGAGGAUUGUGGCAAGACCUUCCAGUGCACAUGCGGCUGUCCCUAUGCAAGUAGAACUUCAUUACAGUCCCACAUCUACCGAACUGGCCAUGAGAUCCCUGCAGAGCACAGGGAUCCACCUGGCAAGAAAAGAAAAAUGGAAAACUGCCUGCACAACCAGAAGUUGUCCAAUAAAACCAUUGAAUCCUUGAGCAACCAACCAACCCCAAGACCAGACACUCAAGAAUUAGAAACUUCAGAAAUAAAGCUAGUCACUUCUUUUGAAGACUCUUGUGGCUCUAAUGCCAAAAAGCAGACUCUUACAACAGCACCAAAAUAUCCUCAGAAAUUGCUUUUACCAAAGCCCAAAGUGGCUUUGGUUAAACUACCUAUUAUGCAGUUUUCUCCUGUGCCUGUCUUUGUGCCUACAGCUGACUCCUCGGCCCAUAUUUGUUAA